AUGCUCUCAACAGCGCUGCAGCAUCUGCUGGACCCAGACUUGGCCCACAAGAACGGAGGUGACGGCUCACACAGUAUUCGUCAUGUCACGGGUAUGGGCAAAUCAGACCCUGCGUUGUUGGUCGCUCGGAAACAAGACGAUGGCCUUAGCGGACUGCGGACUGUGCGGGCUUGCUCCAGGCAGCCGACGUUCAACACCUCCUCUGUGCCCACCCCCAGCCCCAACGCCUCCCUCGCCCCAUCCGAUGACCGCGACAACACCCUCGCCCAGGCCGAAAUCGCCCUCUUGGCCUCCAUCUUCCUGCUGGCCACACUGAGCAACGGGCUGGUGCUGGGAGCCCUCGCCCGCCGCAGCCACCGGGCGCUGCCCAUGCACCGCUUCAUCCACCACCUCUGCCUAGCCGACUUGACCGUCGCCCUCUUCCAGGUGCUGCCCCAGCUGAUCUGGGACAUCACCGACCGCUUCCAGGGCCCGGACGUCCUGUGCCGUGCCGUCACCUACCUGCAGGUGGUGGGCAUGUUCGCCUCCUCCUACGUCAUCGUGGCCAUGACCUACGACCGCUACCGUGCCAUCUGCCGGCCCAUGGUGGCUUUCCGGAAGGGCCUGGCCUGCCGGUACCGGCCGGUGGUGGUGGCCUGGACCGCUUCCUUCCUCCUCGGCCUCCCCCAGCUCUUCAUCUUCUCCAAAAAGAAGCUGCCAAGCGGAGACCACGAAUGCUGGGCCCAGUUCGUUCAGCCGUGGGGGCCCAGGGCCUACGUCACUUGGGUGACCCUGAUGGUCUUCGUCCUCCCCACGGGCUUCAUCGCCACCUGCCAGGGCUUGAUCUUCCGCGAAGUCCACCGCAGCCUGCGUUUCGGGCCGGAGGGGGCCCUUGGGGGACGGGGCAGCCGCCAAGGGGCUUCCCCCAUUUCCGGGGCCGUCACCAAGACGCUGAGGAUGACGUUGGUCAUCGUGGUGACCUAUGUGGUCUGCUGGGCCCCCUUUUUCCUCGUCCAGCUGUGGUCCGUUUGGGAUCCUCAGGCGCCCAUUAAACAUGCGGCCUUCACCCUCCUGAUGCUUCUCGCCAGCCUCAACAGCUGCACCAACCCCUGGGUCUACGCUGCUUUUAGCAGAAGCAUCUCGGGGGAGCUGUGUCGCAUCUUCUGCCCUAGGCGGGCCCGUCGGCGGCUUGGCUCCCUGUACGAGGACUCCAGCAUGACGGCCAGCUCCUCCCUGGGGAGGGACACCCUCUCCUGA